ACCGAGACGCAGCCAGAGUUGCGGCAGGCGCUGUCUUCGAAAGGAGCGGAUCUAAGGCGCCUCGCCAGCCAGCCAGCCCGCCAGCAGCCAGCCAGCCCGCGGAGUAGCAACCAGGGCGAAGAUCUGAGGUCGGGACCCUCCACCGCCCCAUGGGCGCGCCUCGGAGUUCGUGCGCUUUCGCUAGCCUCCUCUGUUGCCUGCUCUCCGUUGUGCUCGCCCAGAGGGUGCAGGUCGCCAAUGAGGUCACAGGCUACCUGGGGAAGGCUGUCACUCUGCCAUGCACCUUUGCGACGAAUUACCCCGAAAUCAAGGUCAGCCAGGUCACCUGGGUGAAGGAGACGGGAGGCAGGAAACAGAACGUGGCCGUGUACCACCCGGACCAUGGGCCUAGCUAUCCGAUGGAGAGGGGCAGUACCCGGAUCCGCUUCCGCAGUGCGUCCCUGGAGGAUGCCACGCUGAUCAUCAGCCCCCUGCUCAUGACGGACGAGGGCACCUACACUUGCGAGUUCGCUACCUACCCUUUGGGCAACGAGGACGGCAUCACCAACCUGAUAAUAGUGGCCAAGCCCACAAACACCGCUAAAGCUCUGGAGGUGAAAGCUAGCAAAGUGGAGGUCCCUGUGGCCAACUGCACCUCUGCCAAUGGGAAGCCGCCAGCCCGCAUCACGUGGCAGUCGGGGCUGAACGGCAACUCCACUGUCUCGCAAGUGCUACAUGCGGACGGCACGGUCACGGUCACCAGCUCCUACAACAUGGUGCCCAGCAAGGAGGCCAACGGGCAGCGCAUCACCUGUGAGAUUGCGCAGAAGACUCUCGCACAACCAGAGUCCAUCCCAGUUACGCUCUCCAUAUUGUAUCCCCCAGAAGUUACCAUAGACGGCUACGAUGACAACUGGUAUUUGAGCCGCAACGAGGCCAACCUCAUCUGCAGCGCUAAAGGGAACCCCAUGCCCACUGAGUUCGUCUGGAGCACGACCAGCGGGCCCCUGCCCAAGUCUGUAAGUGUUGUGGGAGAGCGACUAAUAGUGCGUAAUGUGGACGCAUCUGUGAACACUACUUUUAUCUGCCAGGCCACCAAUCGGGUGGGACAGGUCUCGUCGGAACAGAUCGUCUUUGUCCGAGAUAAGCCCAGCAUGGAUGGAGCGGGCACCACCGGCGGCAUCAUCGGAGGCCUCAUCGCAGCCAUCGUGGCCUUGGCUGUGCUGGCUACCGGCAUCUUGAUCUGCCGGCAGCAACAGAAGAACCGAACGGAUCGCGAGGAGGACGAACUGGAAGGGCCACCGGCUUACAAGCCACCCCCACCCUGCCAGCUCUCCGAGGAGACCGAACCGGUUCCUAAACUCACUGAGGCUGAGAGUAUCCCACUCAAAACUCCCUAUUUUGAACCCAGCAUUACAGACGAUCUCUUUGGAGGGGUCAUUGCCACCACAAUGGAGGAGGCCCCACGAUACCACGAGCUGCCGACAUUGGAGGAGCGAGAGGCAGCAGGCGAAGCUGGAGCCGGCCUGGAGGAUGAGUAUUUGGACCAGAUCAACCCCAUUUACGAUGCGCUCUCCUUUACGGCCAACGAGGAUGAGACAGCCCUGACUCCCAUGGCAACCGACAAGGCCUUUGUCAUGUCCAGGGCCAUGUAUGUCUGAGCCUGUAGGUUGAACCUCCAGCUGCGGUCCAGAGAGAAGGACGCUGCUCAUGGGCGUAUUUUGCGUCUGUCCUGGAUUGAUGCUGCUUCUUUGCCACUACAUCCCGGUUAGCUGCCAGGCUCUGUUGUUUUGGAAUCCUGAUUUUCACGUGUGCCUUAGAUGGGCGGGAGCACCCCUUGCUCAAAACAGGCCUUGUAAAUUCCUCCAUCAUGCAGGAAGAAGUGACUACCCCUCCCAAGCCUACAGUAUGCCAAAUGUGAAUAGUGCCUUCUUGGAUUUUUCAUUCUGGAUCUUUUGAAGUGGGCCUGCCGCCGGCAGUGGCCUCAGUUCCCAACCUCCCCCAAACUUCAGUAGGUCCUCUUGCCAACUUCUCCUGUCCUGACUCUGAGCCCAUAUAUAUCUGAACAUCUGAGGUACGAGGCUGAACGCUACUUAGUCCGUUUACAAUGAGGUGAGAAUCCUCAAGAAAAACCAAGAACACUCCCAAAGUGUGGAUGCAGGAUGCAGGUCUAACUUGCAGCUUAGCUCCCAUACUAUGCUGAUCAGGUUUCUCCUAAAGCCAGUUUGAGGGGGAAGAAGUGGAUUUCUCCGUCCUCCUUCUGCUCCUACAUUAACUUCUCAUAGCUGGAGGUUGUUGGGUUAUCUAGACAGGAAGCUCAAACUACACAGUGAAACUCUUCCUGGACCUUGCCACUUGAGUUUGCAAGUGGGAGAUUGCACGAUUCAUUUCCUGCCCCUCCCCUGCCCCCAAAAAUCCCAGACACAGAAAAUUAGCAGAUCAAGGCGAAGGUUAUGCUAGAGGCCUUCUCUCCAACAGCUGGAGAGAAUCUUUCAGGUGGGGCAAGAUUCAAUGAUGCAGCACCUUCCUCCACCUGAAGUCUUCUGAAGUGGCACAAUCCAGGAACAAUUUUACAGCCCCAGAUGAACUGUUUGUCUGAGACCAGACCCCACAAUUCAGCAGGAAGGCUGUAUGGCAAGAGCUUGCAUUAGAUGAUCUGCUGAGAGCCUCCCCUGUUUCAGAAAGAAGACAUUUUCCUUGGGGCAGGGAGGUUGGCGUAAUGAACAACCUACCGACAUGAUUUCCCCAUAGUUCUGUUCCAGGCUCCGGUCACUACUUGAAUUUUGAAGCUGUACCCCAAGAGUUUGGAUGCCGCCCAAUUGAGUUUGGGUCUCUGGGCUCCUGAAAAUGUGAAAAGUUUUUGGGUUGUUGUUUUUAGCUUUUUAAAAAUAUGUUAUAAAAUACGUUGACUGAACCAUUCUAAGGUAUGGUCUUCGUACACUCUUCCACUGCUGCUGUUUUCUGUGGAUGCAGGUACAAAUUGGCACUGUGGGAUUUUGAACACAAUAAUGAUUAUUUUAUACUAGCUGCACCAAUCCUACUAACUCCCUGAAUCUCAGGGUCUGGGGGAGGGAAUGAUCUAUGCGCUCAAUCACGCAAUGCCUUUUCUCCACUGCCCGUUUAUGUGCCUUUGCUUGACACUACUGAGUGGUUGAAUUUCAACGGGGACAGAAAUGGAUUUUUUUU